GCGCCUUCACUUGCGGUCGCUCAGUUCAUUGUAUCAUAUUGGUCAGUGCACACUAUCGUCAUUUUGACGCAAACACGUUUAUUUUACGUGUUUUUUUAAUACGUAAAUCGCGCAAAUGGCAGGAAAUCAAGAGGAUGUGGACAUUGAAUUAUUCAUUGGUGAGGUAAAAAACUAUCCUGAGAUAUGGAAUGUCGCUGUCGAAACUUACCAUGACAAGAAGAAAAAACGAGGUGCAUGGAUAAAUAUUUGCCGAGUGUUUUGUGACGGAUUUGAUGAGAAGGACGAUAGAGACAAAAAUGAAAUUUGCAAUAAAUUUAUACAAAAGUGGAAGAAUAUCAAGGACUCCUACACAAAAAGUGAAAAAAAAAAUUAAAAUCUGGACAGGCUGCUGAAAUAGGUAAACGGUAUGUUUAUGCUCGACAGUUAUCGUUUUUGCAAACUGCUGGUGCUACAACACAAACGCAGUGCAGUUUAGGUGGUGAACAAGAAGAAUUGAGUGAGUCUGAACAAACAACACCACAACAAAAAGAGUCUGAAACUCCUCCUACCUAUACCAAAAACUCAACCAAAAAACGUAAACAUGACUUCGAGACUUCUCUAAUUGAUUUUAUGAAUGCACCAAUUCCUUCUCAGAUUGUACCAGACAGAUCAUUUUUUGAAAGUAUCCUACCAUCUAUCAGUAAUUUCACUGAAGAUCAAAAGCUUGAAUUUCGUUGUGAAGUUUUGAAAAUCAUACAGCAGAUGAGGAAUCCACCAGCCACACAGAAUUAUGAAUAUUCUCCUAACGUUCCAUACUAUAAACCUACACAUGUAUCCGGUCCUUUGUAUCCUUCGCCUCACCAUUCCAAUUACUUAAUUCGUCAUCAAUUUCCCAUACAUUCUCAAACACGUCUAACUACUUCAUUGCCUCAACCACAAAGUCCGACUAUGCAUUUUAACACAAUAUCUCCAUCACCCUCGUCUUCCACAACUAUGGACAAUCAGGCAUAUAGCGAAGAAGACAGUAUUGACAUUUUUAGGGAUGGACCUUGUUAAUUAUUUGGGCUUGUUAAUCAUGUUUUGUGUUAAUUUUAAAAUUGUAUUCAAAUUUAUUAGUUUAUUACUAUUUUUUUUGUAUCUUGUUGUAUUAAUUGUCUAUUAAUAUACUAUCCAUCUUAAAAUAAAAAUUAAAAAGAGAAUUUUCAAAAUGUACUUAUCUCAGAGUAACAGCUAACAUUUCCAGUGGAGGUAUAGACAAUCUCAAAUGUGUAUCUGUUGACUUAAUCUUCAUCGAAAUUUUAACAGCAAGCUCGUCAAAAGAUUUUAUACUCAUUCGAAAGUAGUUAAAAAAUUUAUCCGGGCUUUCUCGUAAGUUUUCAAAAGACGUAUAAAAUAUACCUUUCGUAAGUCUGAAAUCAGUAAAUGGGUGUAUCCAAUAACGCCUUUUAUUUUUUAAAACAUAUUUUUUGUACACAAGGUACGCAAAAAUAAUAUGUUAUAAUACGUUUUC